AUGAACUGGGCCGCCGCGACGUGCUGGGCUCUGCUGUUGGCGGCUGCCUUCCUCUGCGACGGCAGCGCAGCCAAGGGCGGCCGUGGAGGGGCCCGGGGCAGCGCCCGGGGAGGGCGCGGGGCGUCGAGGGUGCGCGUGAGGCCCGCGCCUCGCUACAGUGCCCCGGGCUCCUCCCUGCGCGUGGCAGCGGCGGCGGCUGCCGGGGCGGCGGCGGGGGCGGCCGCGGGCCUGGCAGCGGGGACAGGCUGGAGGAGGGCGGCGGGGCCAGGGGAGUACGGCCCGGAGGACGACGAGGACGGGGUGCCUGGUGGCAACGGGACUGGACGGGGCGUCUACAGCUACCGAGCGUGGACUUCGGGCACAGGGCCUGGGCCACGCCUCUGCCUGCUGCUGGGCGGCGCCCUGGGCGCCCUGGGGCUGCUGCAGCCCUAG